ACCACCGCAACGCCGCUCCAAGUUUCCUAAAAUGUUCGACGCUCGGGUAUCCAGAACCCCCCCUCCCUCUCUAGAGGAAGUCCAAGAUCUUCUUAAGGAGAUUGCAAACCUCCUCUGCCCGGGCCACGAACACCAAAUUACUGUUCCCUACAUCAAGACAGGCGAGACGACAGGAUAUAACAUGAUGAUCGCCUGUGGCCAUGAGGGCAACAUUACCUGGCAAGUGGCAAUGUCGGCUGAUACUCGUGACAAGGUGAUCAGGCGCUGCAAGGUUCUCUCUGCGACGAGCUGUAAGUUUAUACAUGAAUAUUCCAUUAUGCCGUCGCACAAUGGCACCUAGGAGAGAGCUCAAAACUGACGUGGAAACGAAAGUAACAGGCGAAGGAGCACCAAGCAUGAUGACCUUUGACGCUCUCAGUGCUUGGGACGGGGAGCAGUGCGAUGACAUCCUUUCCCUUCUUCGCAUUGGACACCUGAAGGAAGGAUGGUGGGAGAAAAAUCCAUCGCUCUUGAGCGAUAUGCGCCGGAUCUAUGGGUAUAUAUAUUUUCAUUUCCCCCCACUUCCCUUUUGGAUUUCUACCUGUAAUUCUGCUCGUGAACCGCCCGAUGGAACAAGAUAACAGAUGGACGGAGGAGAUGACCGCAAGUAAGAGUCAGCUGACCGCGGCCCCCCCCCCGGAAACAACAGAAGAAAACCUUACGAUGCCGGAUCUAUGGAUUACGGGUCGCACAAUUAUGUCGCCUACUUCGGACCUAUCCCUGUGAUUCCACCUUCACCAUCUGGUGAUAAGAAAAAGUACUAGCGGUACUGGAGCACGGGGGUGGUUCGGUAGGAAGCCGGGUCUCGGAUAUGGUAGUACCACUAUGGCCGAGAAGCUGGGCAGAUAUCCGGGUAGAGGUUUUUUUUUCUUCUUUUUUUUUCUUUUAUGAGCUUUCCUUUCUUUCCUAUCGCUUGACCAGACGGCUGACUCAUUCUAUGUCCUAAAAAAGUAUUUCAAGUUCUCCCUCUUCAGAUAUUUGUUCGUUAUCAUUGAUAUCUUUGGACUAUCGUCCUGUUUGCUCUGGGGGAGGGUUUUCGGUUGAUUUUAUUUUAUUUUUAUUUUUUUCAUUCAGUUCAAUCUGUUAUUUUCUCCGCACAUUUUAUGGUGAGGCAAGGGUGGGUCGAUUCGGAACCCGGACUCGUCUAUUGGCGUAAGGGAACUCUUAUGUUAGAUAUUAAUCUUUGUAUAAAAGCUAAAUGGGCUGAAGUUUCGACUUGAUCGCUUGACGAUAAGAUUUUCUGCCCCUCCUCCACUGUCUUAUAUGUGUCAUCACUACCAGCUGCACUUCCGGGGCAUUGAUAGAGGGGGAGAAUGGAAAAUAGACACAAUGUCAGGGAGUUCGAUAGCAUGGGUAUCAUAGUCACUGUCCACCAUCGCACAAUUCCCCGUCAGUCAAAUUCCACGAAAUAUCCAAACUGGUAACACCUUCAGAUGUCUUGCCCCCGACAUCCAAAAAAUCUUUGACACCAUUUCCCGCGAAUUAUAUAUCACCACCGAGGAAGACAACCCUCACCUUUGGCCCAUCACAAAACUUUGGGAAAGAACUCAAGGAUGAAGGCGAGAAAGGGGAAACGGAUGCAGCCCGCUGUCACACUCUUUAGUUUCCCUGGAGCCCGAAAACAUUUCCGUGUGUUGUCCUGUUCUCGACUUAAAGCGCCAUGCUUUGGGUGGGUUCUUGGGUGGAGGAUCACCCGGAAAUUGCUGCAAGAAAUCGCAACGAGAAAUUUGGAAAAUGCCAGUAGGCGCCAGUAAUCCUCGACCUCGCGAGCGUUUUUUUCUUUUUCUUUUUCUUUUCAGUUCUGCCGUAAUCUGUUCGGGGGAUAGGGUGUUGGUGAGGAACCCGGCAAAUGUUUUGCUGCCCGUCGGAUGUGAAUCACUGGGGAUGGU